CCACGACUGUGGCUCUUCUCAAUUCCUCUCAGAGCAUCUUCGUUAUGCCUCAACAAGGAUCGGAAAUAUCGCCAUGAUCCUUCCGCAAUUUCGAUACCCCACCGCAGACUGCGCCGACCUCGCUAAUGCUCGACUCUCACCAUGGGUGUAACCGGGCUAUGGACCGUUGUCGCACCCACUGCGCGACCAACCCAGUUGGCUUCCCUCAAUCGAAAACGCCUCGCGGUCGACGCCUCGAUUUGGAUCUACCAGUUUCUCAAAGCCGUCCGGGACAAAGAAGGCAACGCCCUGCGUAACAGCCAUGUCGUCGGUUUCUUCCGCCGCAUCUGCAAAUUGUUGUACUUCGGCAUCAAGCCGGUCUUUGUGUUCGACGGAGGCGCACCCAUCCUCAAGCGGGAGACGAUUCGGAAACGUGCCCGGCGGAGGGAAGGCAGACGGGAAGAUGCGGCCCGGACAGCGGGGAAGUUGCUCGCCGUCCAGGUGGCUCGGGCGGCGGAGGAGGAAGAGAAGAGAAGACGCGCCAGACCGAGGACACCGGAAGGAGAGCAAGAUGAGAUAGCGGACGAUCAGGAGCUGGUGUAUGUCGACGAGCUGGGGCUGUCGGCGCGAGAGAGACAGGCUGGGCGCGGCGAGAAGUUCAAGAAGAAAGACCAAUACCACUUGCCUGAUCUGGACGUGAGCAUUGCGGACAUGGGGGCCCCUAACGACCCUCGUAUCAUGUCGCAGGCGGAGUUGGAAGAGUAUGCACGGCAAUUUCACAGUGGCGAGGACGUGAACCUGUAUGACUUCAGCAAGAUUGAUUUUGAAAGUCCGUUCUUCUUGUCCCUGCCGGCGGGUGAUCGGUAUAAUAUUCUCAAUGCCGCGAGGCUGAGGAGCAGGUUGAGGAUGGGUUAUAGCAAGGAGCAGCUCGACGGGAUGUUUCCGGACCGGAUGGCCUUCUCAAAGUUCCAGAUCGAAAGGGUCAAGGAGCGGAAUGAAUUGACUCAGAGGCUCAUGGGGAUCAAUGGGAUGAGUGAAGGGGACUGGUUGAUGCAGGGAGGUGGGAGGAUUGCUGGGGAGAAGGGGAAAGAGUAUAUACUUGUCAAGAAUGAUGGCGUGGAAGGAGGAUGGGCGCUGGGUGUGGUGAGCGAUAAGAAGGGGAGUCAGAGGGAGAAUGCGAUUGAUUUGGAGGAGCGUGAGGAUGCCGAAGAGGACACGAUGGACGAGGAAGCCAAUGAAGAUUUUGAGGACGUGGCGAUCGAAGGGUUGAAUCGAAUACCUAAAGUGUGGGCAAAGAAGAGGAAAGCUAGGGAGUAUGAUCGUGACAUGGGAUAUGACGAUGCCGUGGAGGAGAUUGCGAAGAAGAGGAAGGCUGUGUAUGAGGCGAGAAGGGCGGCAGGCACGAGUCGUGCUGAAGUCAUACGAGUGGUACCGAAUGCAGAGGCCAAGGAGGCGAAUGACGACGCGCUGUUCGUGCCCGAGGACAACGCUGAUGAUGAAGAUAUCGAUGAGCUCUUUGAAGAUGUUCUGCCUGUGGAGAUUGCGCGGCCAGAAGAAGACGACGAUUUACAACGAGCAAUUGCUAUGUCUCUGGAGGAGCCAUCCGUUGAUCAAGAUGCAGGUGGGUUUGUCCCUGAACAAGCCGUACAUGAAAAACCAGGGCCGGUCGAUGAGGACGAAGGGUUCGAUCUACAGGCAGCCUUUGCAGAGUCGAGAAUGUCGAAGCAUAAGGCGAAGACAAACGUAAGACCACGCAGUCCUUCCGCGAAGCCAGAUGUUGCAACUCCGAAAUUCGACGGUCCAUUGCCGUUCGAAUCCAUCAAUCUAGGGCAGUCGCUAUUGGGCAAGAAGAAGUCGAAGAAGAUCGAAGAGGACUUAUCCGGCGGGUUUGACCGAGGCCUAGGAGAAGAUGCCUUUCGCAAAGAAAGACCUCCGCAGCCCAUGCCAGCCUGGUUCAACGCUGCUCCAAGCACGAAAGAUCUCAAACAUGCUCCAGAACCUGAACGGGGUUCUCGGCAUGAUGAGUACGCAAGGGACGAUGCGGCUGGAAGAGAGACGAUCCGCAGACACGAAACCAAAGAGGUCAUCGAUCUAGAGGCUGAAGACGAGCAGGGCAAGGAGGGUCGUCCGAUCGAGAUCGAAGAAGGUGAUGAGGAAGACGUCCUUGAAAUACCAGAACCAUCUCAAGAUAUCACUACCGAGCCCGAGAUACCAGAAGUAGAAGUGCCUACGGUCAACGCAGAAGAGGAAGCACAGCGGCAGGAACGCGACGCCAAGCGCGAGCGACGCUAUGAAAUGGCUCGUCAAAUUGCGGCAGAGAAUGACACCGAUGAGAUGCUUAUGGACGAUGUCGCCGAAAAGGCACAGGCUGAACCGCCUCAGCCAUCAAAUGUGCCUGAUUUCAAUCCUGCCCCAGCCACAUCUUUAUCGAAGCCAGACACAGUAGAGGCAGCAGGGGCAGCAGGGAGUGAUUAUGAGGAGGUAGAAUGGAGCGAGUCCGAUCACGAACAGCCCACGACCCCCGGAUCCCUCGGCACCAUCGACGAUGAGACGUCUGAAAACAAAGCACCACAAACCGCGACGCCGACGCCUCCUGCGGAGGAAGACGACGACGAAGGUGAAGCUUUCGAAGACGUACAGAUGUCCACUCCUCCCGCCGCGCCUGCUGACCAAGAGUACCUCGCCACAGAGAAGCCCAUGGUUGACGCGCUAGAAGACCACCUCCUCGACGAAGCCAAUGACGCACAACCACAACCGGCCAUCCCCGAAGAAGAAUUUGAAUACCUCUCCGAAUCGGAAGAAGAAUUGAUGAGACAACUUGCGGUCGAAGCCGAAGAGCAUGCACGAUUCGCCUCGUCUCUCAACAACCAAAGGACCUCCGAACAAGCGAUUCGAGACUACGAGAAUGAACUCAAACAACUGCGCAACCAGCAGAAAAAAGACCGUCGUGACGCCGACGAGGUCACACAGGUCAUGGUCCAGGAGUGCCAAGCGCUACUCCGGUUAUUUGGUCUUCCUUACAUCACCGCACCCAUGGAAGCCGAAGCCCAGUGCGCCGAGCUCGUGCAUUUAGGGCUGGUCGACGGUAUCGUCACGGACGACUCGGAUAUCUUCUUGUUCGGCGGCACGCGGAUAUACAAGAACAUGUUCAACGCGGCCAAGUAUGUCGAGUGCUACCUUGCAAGUGAGCUAGAAAAGGAAUUCCUCCUGGACCGGCGGAGGCUGAUCCGCUUUGCGCACCUCCUGGGUAGUGAUUACACCGAGGGUAUACCCGGUGUCGGACCCGUCACUGCGUUGGAGAUCCUCACCGACUUCGACACGUUAACUGAGUUCAAAGAGUGGUGUAGUCGGGUUCAACUGGGACGGCCACAGGAUCUGGAAAAUCAGCUCACGACGCCGUUCCGUCGGAAGUUCAGAAACACGGUGCAAAAGCGGCUGUUUUUGCCGCCAGGUUUUCCGGAUAUGAGAGUUGAUGAAGCGUAUCUCCAUCCUGAGGUCGAUUCGAAUCCGGAGCCGUUCCAGUGGGGCGUGCCAGAUCUGGAUAAGUUGAGAAGUUUCCUAAUGGCGACGAUCGGAUGGAGUCAGGAGCGAACGGACGAGGUGCUUGUUCCUGUGAUUCGGGAUAUGAACAAGCGUGAGGUUGAAGGGACGCAGAGUAAUAUCACGAGGUUUUUUAGCGGCGGAGUCGGUGUUGGUGGGAGGGCGAACGCUGCUGGAGGAAGUGGACUGGCGAUGGGUGGUGAAGGGCCUGGCAAUGCGGGUAUUGAGGGCAUGGCGCCGAGGAAUAGGACAGGGAAGGAGUCGGGGCGCAUGGAGAAUGCCUUCAAGAGGUUGAGAGGGGAGGCGGUUAAGCGAAGGAAGGGAGAGGAGUUUGAGCAGGGAGGAGAAGAUAAUGACGCCGAGGUUGAAGAGCCAACGUCCGUGGAAGAUGAGGGUGUUGAGAGCGAAGGGCCGGUCAAGACAAGCAAAAGAAAGGUGCCUUCCCGGUCGAGGAGGGCUCAGAAAGCCAAUGAACAGAAGAACGGGGAUGCUGACGAGACUCAAAUUGGAGAGGUCGAGCUCGAUGACGAUGACAACGGCGAUCUCGUCGAGGACGAGGCACCGAGUAAGAAGGCCAAGCCCAAAGCGAAGGGCAAAUCGAGAACGACAAGGACGAAAAAUCGUUGAGACAAAUGGUUGGUUGUGCCAACUGAAAUAUAUCUUGCGUGUUCCAGCACCGAGUUUGUCGUUCAAAGAACGUGAAAAGCCUGGUUAACUCGAUGUGUGAUGCUCAGAAUGAAGCCGAAAAGGAAGGACAUUUAGUGUAGGUCAUGAUGUCUUCGGCACUGUCGGCACAAACAAAAUGCAACCAGAUCCGCCAGGGGCUGUGUCUAUGCUACCUUGAGAUAUUUCUGGAAUAUAGGAUUACUAUCUCCAGGCAUGUGCAAGGCCAUCAUUGUGUGCUUAUACAUCUGCGGUCGGUCAGGUCAAGGUUCACUUACGGGAACAGUAACGGCUGGCAUACCUGUCCUGCAGAGACAUUGUUCGACUCCUUCUCGGCUUCGUUGCCAACCAGGUGCUUGAGGGGCUGCAGGUGAGGCAGAUUAGCUUGGUUUGGUCGGUAGUGAAAGGGAAAAGCUGUCGUACAUCAAUAGUAGAUUCCCAGUUGGCCGAGAAAAAGAAUGGUACUGAAAUCCU